ACUUCACCCAACACUUGCUUCGGUGCAGCUCCCAGCACUCUAUCUGUGUCAUUGAAAAUUGACAUGGCAGUGGACGAGACAUCACCGUUAUUGCGAACUGAACGUCAACUUCCACAGUCCUAUAACGCAAGCUCGAAGAACAUUGUUGAUUUUGAUCCCAAUGGCGAUCCAGAAAACCCGCUUGACUGGCCAAAUACUUACAAGUGGUGCAUAGUUGCUUUGCUUGCGUUGACUGCAUUUACAGUAACUUUCACGUGUAUAUCGGUAGUCCCGGUAGCAAGUCAUAUCGUCGCCGAUCUCGACGGACAUGCCAGUAAAUCCUCGAGUGUGCUUCUGGUUACCAUAUGGGAGCUUGGUGAAGCAGCAGGACCGCUUUUCAUCGCACCUCUCUCAGAAGUUUUCGGGCGAUAUCCUGUUAUGAAUGGAGCCAAUGUCCUGUUCAUUGGAGCUACGAUUCUAGCUGCGCUGUCCCCAAAUUCCUCGGUUCUCAUUUUCGCUCGCUUCUCGACUGGAUUGGCUGUGGCAAGCAAUGUUCUCAAUCCGGCCAUCGUUGGAGACAUGUUCGUUUCCGAACAGCGAGGUACUGCAAUGAGUCUAAUCAUGGUCGCGCCUCUGAUCGGUGGUGCGAUUGGACCUGCUCUGGCGGGAGUCAUUGCCGAGAAUCUCGGAUGGCAAGCAGUACUCUGGAUCUCCGCCUCUGUCGCUGGACUGUGUGAGGCCAUCUUCCUAACCUGCUUCCGCGAGACUUUCAAGCUGCCAAUCCUGGAGCGCAGAGCGGCGAAGCUGCGGAAGGAAACAGGCAAUGACUCAAUCAAGACAGUUCUUGAUUUGAACGGCGAGAACAAGACGUCAAUGUGGGAGUCAAUCAUGCGGCCGGCAGUGGUUCUCUUCGGAUCCGGAGUUCUCCAGGCUAUGAGUCUCUUCGGCUCCGUGGUAUUCACGUACUUCUACGUCAUGUCGACAACUCUCCCAGACAUUUUGGAGGAGAUAUACCAGCUGUCACCCGCCAUGUCUGGAGCAUCAUUUAUGGCAUUCAGUGUUGGUUCCAUCGUGAGCGUGACUCUCUGCAACCAGUUGCUUGACAGGAUUUAUAUUCGACUUCGCGAUACAUGUGGCAAAGGUCUUGGUAAGCCGGAGUAUCGACUUCCAAUGGUGAUCGUUGGCGGCUUCACCUUGCCAUGGGCAGUCUUGUUUUACGGCUGGACUGCACAGGCGCAGUUACCGCUCUGGGUCAUGCUUACUGCUUUGGCAGUCAUGGGAGCUUGCAUGAUGCUCGCCUUCUUACCUUUGAUGAAUUAUGUCGUCGACGCCUUCGGACUCUAUUCUGCUUCGGCAAUGACUGCUGUCAUUGUCACACGCUGUCUUACGGGGACUUUCUUGCCCUUGGCCACAGAGCCGCUAGUUGAGAAACUUGGGUACGGGCUCGCAUUUACAGUUCUAGCUGCGUUGAGCUUGACACUGGCGCCAAUUCCGGUUUUUGUUAUGAGAUACGGACCACGAUUGCGACAAAAUUCGAAAUAUACGAGAAAUGAGUAA